GGCUGGCGACUUUUCUGCCGUUGCUUGCCAAAUUCAGCUUCCCUUACCGAGCUUCUUUCUCUGACUUCACUUUAUAUUUAAUGAGACGAAGGGCUGUUGGAAUUGCUAAUGCUGAAAAUCGGAAAGCGUUAGAUCGCAAGUUUCAGGAGAUUGGAGACAACAUAGCUGCGAGAGAAAUACAGCAGCUUCAUGACCAGCUUGAUACCUUCAAGACCAACUUACAAGAAUUUGCCCGGAAGUACCGAAAAGAUAUACGGCGGGACCCAACAUUUCGCAUGCACUUUCAGCAAAUGUGUACAAAGAUAGGAGUAGACCCUCUAGCCUCAAACAAAGGAUUUUGGGCAGAUCUGCUCGGGUUUGGUGACUUCUAUUUCGAACUCUCCGUGCAGAUUACAGAAAUAUGUAUUGCAACACGACCACAAAACGGUGGUUUGAUAGAAAUGGGAGAACUCAAGCGUCGAAUUAAAGUUAAGCGAGGUGACAGAAAAAGCUCUCAACCGGAAAUAAGCGAAGACGACAUAGUGAGAUCCAUCAAAACACUCAAACCAUUAAGUAGCGGAUUCGAAAUCUUGACGAUUGGUAAUCGCAAAAUGGUACGUUCAGUGCCCAAAGAAUUGGAUACGGAUCAAUCAUCCCUGCUUCUGCUUGCGCAGGCGACGGGCUACAUGACGAAAGGAAUGAUUGAAACUGAAUUUAAAUGGCAUGAAGGCCGAAUCCUCCAAGCGCUGGAUAAUCUGUUACAAGACGGAUUGGCAUGGUUGGAUUUAUCGCCAGGAGAAGAGGACAAAUAUUGGAUACCCAGUUUCUAUGAUUUUGGAGACAACGAAAAUACAGUUUAAAUAUGCCUCAUCAUUUUGCAGGUUGUAGAAAGUUGCUUGGCACAUAGCCAUAUUUGCCGACCCAUCGCGCAUCCGUCACAUUCCAUGCAUGCGCCAUAUACCAC